CUUCAGUGUAUACUGCAUUAUGUUUUGUGCCGCCCCGCCAAUCCAAAACAAAACAGGGAGAUACAAGAUAUAAAUAAGAAAUUCAUAUUUCUGAAGUAAUGUCUCAAAAGUUUCAUAUACGCCUCGCUUCUCAAAGGGUAAAUACAAAUAUUGCGGAAAAUCGGAGGUAUCCGAAAAUAUUUACACCUGGAGAAACAAUUACACAGCAACACGAGUUCAUGAGGGGGCAUGGUACUUAUGAAGAUAAUGGGGAACUGAAGUCCUCUGUAGCUGGGGUGCGAGAGCAAGUCAACAAUCUCAUAUCUGUAAAACCUCUUAAAAGUAGAUAUAAUGGAGAAGUGGGCGACAUUGUAGUUGGAAGAAUAACUGAAGUACAGCAGAAGCGUUGGAAAGUUGACACAAAUGCUAGAUUAGAUUCCAUACUUCUACUUUCUUCAGUGAAUUUACCAGGUGGAGAAUUAAGACGAAGAUCAGUUGAAGAUGAGCACAUGAUGAGACAGUACUUACAAGAAGAUGAUCUGAUAAGUGCUGAAGUACAAUCUGUGCACUCUGAUGGAACAUUAUCUUUACAUACUAGAAGCUUACGAUAUGGUAAAUUAGGACAAGGUGUGCUUUUAAAAGUAUUCCCUUCAUUAAUCAAGAGAAGCAAGACGCAUUUUCACAACUUGCCAGUUGGAGCAAGUGUCAUAUUGGGUAAUAAUGGUUUCAUAUGGAUUUGUCCUGUGAUAAACAAUUCUGAAGAUAGUGUGGGUGGAUUUGUGCAAAACUUGGAGGAAGUAGUACCUUUACAAGAACGAGAGACAAUUGGAAGAAUCAGGAAUUGCAUAAAAGCACUUGCAAUGUGUAAAAUGAUGUUGUAUGAUACCAGCAUAUUAUAUGCAUACGAAGAGUCUUUGAAAUAUUCCAUUGCAGAAUUGCUUGUCCCAGAAGCUAUGAUAGAUGUUGCUAUACUAACACAACAUAGGCUAAGUAUUAUUGAAGUGUAAGAUUACUCUGUGUUUGGAAUAUAAUGUUUAUAUUAAA